AGCUCAGUAAACUGUGCUGCUUUGACGCAGCGGCUCAUAUCUAAAUCGUCCAGCCGCUGCAUGCUGGGAGACGCGCCGUGUUGGCCCGCAGAGAAGGUGUGACAGAGCCGAGCAACGACCGCUGACCUUCCGUCCUCGCUCCGCGGUGGAAACAUGGCACUGAGCCGCCUGGAAAGGGCUCAGGUAUGGCUCUUCAAGGCGGUUAUGGGAGUCUUAUUUGCGCUGUUUCGGUUCCUGUCGCCUCGGAGACCCGCUCCCAGGAAGCUGCCGCCCGUCAACAACCCGCUACUGGUCCUGUCAGCGACGCAGCUCGCCAAGAAGAUCCGGCGGAGAGAGGUGUCCAGUGUGGAGGUGGUUCAGGUUUACAUUGACAGGAUCCAGGAAGUCAACCCUUUACUGAACGCUAUGGUGAAAGACAGGUUUGCUGCUGCCCUCCAGGAGGCGGCCCAGGUUGAUAAGCUGAUUGAAGAAGAAACUGGAGGAGAGGAGGUCUUGGAGGACCGACUCCCUUUACUGGGAGUCCCUCUCUCUGUCAAAGAGGCUUUUGCCCUGCAGGGCAUGCCCCACACUACAGGUGUGGUCUCAAGGCGAGGAGUUUUGUCCACCGUCGACUCUCCACCGGUGGCCCUGCUGAAGAGAGCUGGAGCCAUCCCGCUGGGCGUCACCAACUCCAGCGAGCUGUGCAUGUGGUCCGAGUCCCACAACCAUCUGUACGGCAUCACCAACAACCCGUACGACCUGGAGAGGAUACCGGGAGGAAGUUCAGGUGGAGAGGGGAGUAUCCUGGGAGGAGCAGGUGCGGUCAUCGGCGUGGGCUCAGACAUCGGCGGCAGCAUCCGUAUGCCGUGUUUCUUCACCGGAAUAUUCGGCCAUAAAACGACUCCUGGUGUCGUGUCAAAUGAGAACCAGUACCCUCCUUCCUCCGGCAGACAGAAUGAAUACCUCAGCACUGGUCCCAUGUGCCGCUACGCCGAGGACCUGCUGCCCAUGCUCAAGAUCAUGGCAGGACCAAAUGCUGAGAAGUUGUCGUUGAACACGAAGGUUGACCUGAAGAAGCUGCGGUUCUUCACCAUCCCUCACGAUGGCGGAGCUCUUCUGACCCGCCCCGUCAGCAAAGAGCUGAUGCAGAUCCAGCGGGAGGUGGUGCAGCGUCUGGAGGCCGAUUUCGGGGUCAAGGUCCAAGAGGUGAAACUCCCUGGGCUCCGAUACAGCUUCCAGAUCUGGGACACCUACAUGGGUCUUCCUGACAAAGAAGGCAAACCUCCUCAGCCGUUUGUUGAGCUGAUGGGAGAACCUGGACGGCCGGUGUGGCCUGUGUGGGAGCUGCUGAAAUGGACGAUGGGAAAAUCAGAGCACACCAUGGCUGCUAUCGGUCUGGCCCUGCUGGAAAUGGCGCAUGGAUCCAAACCCGCUUCCCCCUUCAUCAUCCAGCAGAAGGAGAAGCUGCAGAAGGAGGUGGAGGAGCUGCUGGGGACCGACGGAGUUUUUCUUUACCCCUCGCAUCCAAGAGUGGCGCCCAAACACCACCACCCGCUCUUCAGACCCUUUGACUUCUCCUACACCGGUAUAAUCAACAUCCUCGGGCUGCCGGUCACCCAGUGCCCUCUGGGUCUGAACGAGGAGGGUCUGCCCAUGGGCGUACAGGUCGUGGCUGGGAAGCUGCAGGACCGUCUGCCUCUCGCUGUGGCGCUCUACUUGGAGAAGGCGUUCGGAGGCUGGAGGGACCCCGGAGCCAACUAAACGCCCCCACACAUACACACACAGUCUCACCCGCUAACAGCCAUUACCAAACCUCCAGACUGGAGCAGGUUGGAUCAAAGUUCGUGGUGCACUGUAAUUGCCUUGAUGCUUUGCUGUAGUACACGGACACCAAGAGGUACAAUCAGCACGUUGAAUGUUCAGGUGGAAGAGGUUGAUCUUUGCACUGUCAUGGUUUUAUCAUUUACCCUGUUUAGGGACUUUUUUUUUGUCAUGAGCACGAGCUUUAAAAGAAUUGAUUUUAUAUUAGUGGUGAUAUCUUUAAUGAGGCAUUCACAUUAUCACGCGAAUAAACAAGGUUUUUGUGCGCUACAUGACUUAAUAUGCAAUGUUUGAUCAGGACAUAUAAGUCUUCUGUGUGUGUAGUGUAAAAUAGCAGAUACCUGUUCAUUAUAGAACAUGGAAAGAACUCACGCAAAUAGUUUUUCCUCUAUUUUAUACAGAUAUACGGUUACAUGUGUAUGUGCAGUAGGUCUAACUACUGUUGAUUAACUCUCAAAAGGUCAGUUAGUGGAAGGUUCGAGGUUUUAAAUGCCUUGCACGCACACACAAGUGUUACUUUGAUUAAUUAGACGUGUGCUCCGGUUCAGGCUGAGUGGAGCGAUGCUGACAACACCUGACUCCAUAUACAUUAAAGAAACAUAAAGCUGUAACUUGUCCUGCACUCACAGGCGCAACCAGUCAAAGGGAGACGACAAUCAAGCAGAAUAAGUGUGAACACCUGAGCUGGUGUGUACAAUACAUGUGUAGGUGCUUUUAAUUAAUUGCUAAAGCUAAACAACAGACGACAGAAUAAUCGGCAUCCUUGACACCAACGCGGGACGUCAAAAUGUUUUCAGUAUGGACCGUUAAACAUGCAAAACCUCUCCUGCGUGAUAAUGUGAAUGCUUGCAGUUAAUCGACUGUGGUGCCUGUUUUAUGCUGCAACUCAUCUGUUUCAGAUAAUAAAUGGUCUGAAUCUUUAA